AUGAUAUCAGAAAUGCGGGACUGAAAAGAAAUUAAGGAGAAAUGGGGUCAACAGUUGACACAAUUCUCCGAUUUACAAUCGCAGUAGUUUUCACUUUUCAGAGUUCACCGAGGAAAAAAGCUGGAAGUUGCAAAUGGAAGGAGGAGAGAACACGCGGCAGCUCCGGCCAGAGACCGCCGUGAUCGAGGAAUGGCACGGAACUGCUUCGUCGAAGGUCACGAAGACCGCCACUGUCACAGUCUCUGGAAACUCCGUCAGAAAAUCCGCUCGGCGCUUCAGUCAUCUUUCUGGGAGAAUCCUCGACGCUUUUGUUCCCGAGGGUUUUGAUUCUUUUUAUUUUCGUUUGAGAAUAGUUGUGAGCAGAAGCUCCGAGGAGUUUGAGCAUCAUGUUGUGACUGUAGUCAAGGGAUUUCCUGGCAGUGUGACACCUGAUUACGUCCCUUUCCAAAUAUGGGACUCCCUGCAGGGCCUCUCGACUUACAUUAGAACAAUGCUUUCCACCCAGGCUCUUCUGAGUGCUAUUGGUGUCGGUGAGAAGUCUGCUACAGUUAUUGGGGCAACAUUUCAGUGGUUCCUGAGAGAUCUAACUGGAAUGCUUGGUGGUGUCUUAUUCACAUUUUACCAGGGAGCAAACCUGGAUAGCAAUGCCAAAAUGUGGCGUCUUGUUGCAGAUCUGAUGAAUGACCUUGGGAUGUUGAUGGACCUCGUUUCCCCAUUGUUUCCAUCUGCCUUUGUGUUUAUUGUAUGCUUAGGGAGCAUAUCGCGGUCAUUCACUGGGGUUGCCAGUGGUGCCACUAGAGCUGCUUUAACACAACAUUUUGCACUUCAGAAUAAUGCAGCAGAUAUAUCAGCCAAGGAAGGAAGCCAAGAGACAGUUGCAACAAUGAUCGGGAUGGCUCUGGGAAUGCUCCUGGCUCGCGUUACGGCUGGUCACUCAGUGGCUAUUUGGUUUUGUUUUCUGUCCCUCACAAUAUUUCAUAUGUAUGUUCUUAGUCCGAAUCAGGUCUCGGUGAUGGAGCAUGUUUUGCCUCUGUGGAUGACUUCAUGGACUGAAAAUAGUGUAAAAUAUUCACACCAUCGGGUACGCUCAGGUGUCCGGAUUUCUUCACUUAAUAGUGAUGAACUAGCGGAGAUCUCACGCCUUGCCAGCUCCUACUACAAUAAAGGGAAGUAUAUACUGCUACCUAGAAAGAGCGCUAUCUAUGUCAUUAUGCAUAAAGAUUCAACGGCAGUGGACAUUUUACAAGCUUUUGUGCACGCGCUUGUCUUGGCAAAACUUGAUGAUAAAGGCAGAUCUGUACAUGAUGAGAGCCAAUCAUGGAUGACCAAAAAUUAUGAAGCCUUUCUUCUUAAGCUUCGGAAGUCGAGCUGGAGAACAGAACGUCUUUUGUCACCCUCGAUUGCUUGGAAGGCUUAUUGGUCCAUUCUAACUCCAUCAGAUGAUAAAAUUGACUGAAGAUCUUGGCAUCAAGCAUCAAUAUUUAAAUGAGAUAUUUAGAGUUAACUUCAUACUUCAAUUCACAAACCAUGGAAUUUUGUGGAGUGAGUUAUGAAAUUAGCUUAUUUUACACGUUUCGUUUAAUUUUACAAGUAUUAUGAAAGUUAAUUUCUGAUUUAUAUCCUUCUUACUCGUAGGAUGGUAUACAGUUUGGUUCUUUGUAUUCCUCUUUCUUUUUCCUUUUUCCACCAAAAAGCAUCAUAGAUAAGGAUUAAGGGGAAAAACAUAAUGAUGGUUGAUACAAGAUUAUACAUAAAUUCCUCUCUAAAUGUUUAGUUUUCCGAGUUUAUAUAUCUGUUAUGGUGCUUUAUAAUUACAGUAUAUGUAUGUGCCAAUUUUGGUGCUUUAUAAUGAUGUGUUGAAUUUUGGUGCUUCAUACCUUAUGUCAUUUCAUAAAGCUUUAGAGUAGUUCACGUAAAUUUGGACUUUUAAUUUAAAGUAUAA